GAGCGUCUGCAGAGCAUCAGAUCCCAAUGGGUCGGAGCCUUGGGGAACCAAGGCGACAGCAGUCUGCCAACCUUUUUUGUUGAGGGCGCUGUCCCGCACGGCGGAAAUUCUUGAAGACCCGGAUUGGAAAAUUCUGACCGAGGGCCAGGACUGUUUCUUAAAUGGAGUUCCGGUCGGGUUUGGUGAGACCAUCAAACAGGUCCCACAAGUAUUUGGCUUGAAAGAACAUUGGCGCAAGCUCGAUGUGUCGGAGCCAGAUUUUGACAGGGCCAAUUACAAGAGUGCAGAUAUGAGCUCAACCCAGUUGCUGGCCAAGUUUAGGGAGGAAGAGAAGCUGGGCAGAAUGAGACCCACAACGAUGGGAGCGUUGCGUGAGGAGUACCCGGCAGACAAGAUCAGGGUUGCAUCGAUGGGCGCCAUUGAGAAACCAGACGGGUCUGUACGACCGAUCCAUGACGGGACGCAUGGGGUCCUGGUGAAUAAUGGCGUCCGUCUUCUGAACCAUGUUUCAGUGCCUGGUCCCGGCAGAAAUGGCGUUUGCCGUGAGACAGGCAGGGGCACAACGGGAAGUCCCGCUGGCAGUGGCGGCCGACGUUAG